AUGUCGUAUAACGAUAAUAAUCACAACUACUACGACCCUAAUCAGCAGGGUGGUGUGCCUCAAGAGGGGUACUACCAACAACCUUACGAUAUGAGUCAACAACAACCACAACAACCUUAUGAUGAUAUUAACCAACAACCACAUCAACAAGACUACUACGAUCCAAAUGCUCAAUACCAUCAACAACCAUAUGACGUGGAUGGGUACAAUGAUCCAAACCAAUAUGGAGCUCAUCCAAUGAAUGCACAAGGCUACAAUGCUGAUCCAGAAGCUUUUUCAGACUUUAGUUACAAUGGUCAAGCUCCCGGCACACCUGGGUAUGACCAAUAUGGAACACAAUACACCCCAUCACAAAUGAGUUAUGGUGAUCCAAGAUCUUCGGGAGCUUCGACGCCUAUCUAUGGUGCUCAGGGCCUGGGCUAUGAUCCAACUCAAUUUCAAGUAUCAUCGAACUUGCCUUAUCCAGCUUGGUCUGCUGAUCCACAAGCACCAAUCAAGAUUGAACAUAUUGAGGACAUUUUCAUUGAUUUAACAAACAAGUUUGGUUUCCAAAGAGACUCCAUGAGAAACAUGUUUGAUUACUUUAUGACGUUGUUGGAUUCGAGAUCUUCUCGUAUGGCUCCAGCUCAAGCUUUGUUGAGUUUGCACGCUGACUACAUUGGAGGUGAGAAUGCAAAUUAUAGAAAAUGGUUCUUUUCCUCACAACAAGAUUUGGAUGAUACUUUAGGUUUUGCCAACAUGACUUUGGGAAAGAUUGGUAGAAAGGCAAGAAAGGCUUCCAAGAAGUCCAAGAAAGCUAGAAAAGCUGCCGAGGAGCACGGUGCUGAUGCCGAUGCUUUAGCCAAUGAGUUGGAAGGUGAUUAUUCAUUGGAAGCUGCUGAAAUUAGAUGGAAGUCCAGAAUGAACACCUUGACACCAGAAGAAAGAGUUCGUGAUAUUGCUCUUUAUUUGUUGUUGUGGGGUGAAGCCAAUCAAGUUCGUUUUACUCCAGAAUGUUUGUGUUAUCUUUACAAAACUGCUGUUGACUACUUGGAAUCACCUUUGUGCCAACAAAGACAAGAACCAGUUCCAGAAGGUGAUUAUUUGAAUCGUGUCAUCACUCCAUUGUACAGAUUCCUCAGAUCUCAAGUUUACGAAAUCUACGAAGGUAGAUUUGUCAAGCGUGAAAAGGACCACAACAAGGUUAUUGGUUACGAUGACGUUAAUCAAUUGUUCUGGUACCCUGAAGGUGUGUCAAGAAUCAUUUUCACUGAUGGUACGAGAUUGAUUGAUAUUCCUAAAGAAGAGCGUUACUUGAGAUUGGGUGAGGUUGAAUGGAGCAACGUCUUUUUCAAAACUUAUAAAGAAAUCAGAACUUGGUUGCAUUUUGUUACCAACUUCAACAGAAUUUGGAUCAUUCAUGGAUCAAUCUACUGGAUGUAUACUGCCUACAACUCCCCAUCUGUUUACACAAAACACUAUGUUCAAACCAUUAACCAACAACCACUUGCCUCGUCAAGAUGGGCUGCCUGUGCCAUUGGUGGUGUCAUUGCUGCGUUUAUUCAAAUCCUUGCUACACUUUUUGAGUGGAUGUUUGUUCCUAGAGAGUGGGCAGGUGCUCAGCAUUUGAGUCGUCGUUUGGUGUUUUUGAUUUUGAUUUUCCUUUUGAACUUGGUGCCAGUGGUGUACACUUUUUACAUCUCCGGAUUAACGUUGUAUUCCAAAUCUGCAUAUGCCGUUUCAAUUGUUGGAUUUUUCAUCGCAGUGGCAACGAUUGUGUUUUUUGCUCUCAUGCCAUUGGGUGGGUUGUUUACCUCGUAUAUGAACAAACGCUCAAGGAGAUACAUUUCGUCACAAACUUUCACAGCCAGCUUUGUCAAGUUGAGAGGGUUGGACAUGUGGAUGUCUUACUUGUUGUGGGUUGUUGUUUUCCUUGCCAAGUUGGUUGAAUCUUACUUCUUCUUGACUUUGUCGUUGAGAGAUGCUAUCAGAAACUUGUCAAAGACCACAAUGAGAUGUACUGGUGAAGUUUGGUACGGUGAUGUUGUUUGUAAGCAACAAACCAAGAUUGUAUUGGGAUUGAUGUAUGCUGUUGACUUGUUGUUGUUCUUUUUGGAUACUUAUUUGUGGUACAUUAUCUGUAACUGUAUCUUUUCCAUUGGUCGUUCAUUCUACUUGGGUAUUUCAAUCUUGACACCAUGGAGAAACAUUUUCACCAGAUUGCCAAAGAGAAUCUACUCAAAGAUUUUAGCCACUACUGAAAUGGAGAUCAAGUACAAACCAAAGGUUCUUAUUUCACAAAUUUGGAACGCCAUUGUUAUUUCCAUGUACAGAGAACAUUUGUUAGCUAUUGACCACGUUCAAAAAUUGUUGUACCAUCAAGUUCCAUCUGAAAUUGAAGGUAAGAGAACUUUGAGAGCACCCACUUUCUUUGCUUCUCAAGAUGACAACAACUUUGAAACUGAAUACUUCCCAAGAAACUCCGAAGCCGAAAGAAGAAUUUCAUUCUUUGCGCAAUCAUUGGCUACACCAAUGCCCGAGCCUGUCCCUGUUGAUAACAUGCCUACUUUCACUGUUUUCACUCCACAUUACUCUGAAAAGAUCUUGUUGUCAUUAAGAGAAAUCAUCAGGGAAGAUGACCAGUUCUCAAGAGUUACGUUGUUGGAAUACUUGAAACAGUUGCAUCCGGUAGAGUGGGAUUGUUUUGUCAAGGAUACAAAGAUUUUGGCCGAAGAAACAGCUGCUUAUGAAAAUGGAGAAGACCCUGAAAAGGAGUCAGAGGAUGGAUUGAAAUCAAAGAUUGAUGACUUGCCAUUCUAUUGCAUUGGUUUCAAGUCUGCUGCUCCUGAGUACACUUUGAGAACAAGAAUCUGGGCCUCAUUGAGAUCGCAAACUUUAUACAGAACAGUUUCCGGUUUCAUGAACUAUGCCAGAGCUAUUAAGCUUUUGUACAGAGUUGAGAAUCCAGAAUUGGUUCAAUAUUUCGGCGGUGAUCCAGAAGGGUUGGAAUUGGCUUUGGAGAAAAUGGCUAGAAGAAAGUUUAGAUUUUUGGUAUCGAUGCAAAGAUUGUCUAAGUUCAAGGACGAUGAAAUGGAGAAUGCUGAAUUCUUAUUGCGUGCUUACCCAGACUUGCAAAUUGCUUUCUUGGAUGAAGAACCAGCUUUGAAUGAGGACGAAGAACCAAGAGUUUACUCUGCUUUGAUUGAUGGUCAUUGUGAAAUGUUGGAGAAUGGUAGACGUCGUCCUAAAUUCAGAGUCCAAUUGUCUGGUAACCCAAUCUUGGGUGAUGGUAAGUCUGAUAACCAAAACCAUGCUAUUAUUUUCCACAGAGGUGAGUACAUUCAAUUGAUUGAUGCCAAUCAAGAUAACUACUUGGAAGAAUGUUUGAAGAUUAGAUCCGUUUUGGCUGAAUUCGAAGAGUUGAAUGUCGAACAUGUCAACCCAUACUCUCCUGACUUGAAGUCUGAAGACCCAUUGAACGAAAAGAAGGCACCUGUUGCCAUUUUGGGUGCUAGAGAAUAUAUCUUUUCUGAAAACUCUGGUGUUUUGGGUGAUGUUGCAGCCGGUAAAGAACAAACUUUCGGUACUUUGUUUGCAAGGACCUUGGCUCAAAUUGGUGGUAAAUUGCAUUAUGGUCAUCCUGAUUUCUUGAAUGCUACAUUCAUGUUGACUAGAGGUGGUGUUUCCAAAGCACAAAAAGGGUUGCACUUGAACGAGGAUAUUUAUGCUGGUAUGAAUGCCAUGAUGAGAGGUGGUAAGAUCAAGCAUUGUGAAUACUACCAAUGUGGUAAAGGAAGAGAUAUGGGGUUCGGAUCCAUUUUGAAUUUCACAACCAAGAUUGGUGCUGGUAUGGGUGAACAAAUGUUGUCGAGAGAAUAUUACUACUUGUCUACUCAAUUGCCAUUGGAUAGAUUCUUGUCAUUCUACUACGGUCAUCCAGGUUUCCACAUUAAUAACUUGUUUAUUCAAUUGUCUUUACAAGUUUUCAUGUUGGUGUUGGCAAACUUGAACUCGUUGGCACAUGAAUCGAUUAUUUGUUCCUAUGAUAGAGACGUUCCUGUUACUGAUGUGUUGUAUCCAUUCGGUUGUUACAACAUUGCUCCUGCGGUUGACUGGGUCAGACGUUAUACUUUGUCCAUUUUCAUUGUCUUUUUCAUUUCGUUCAUUCCUUUGGUUGUUCAAGAGUUGAUUGAAAGAGGUGUUUGGAAAGCUGUUCAAAGAUUCGUUAGACAUAUUGUCUCGUUGUCACCAAUGUUUGAAGUGUUUGUUGCUCAAAUCUAUUCAUCAUCCGUCUUUACUGAUUUGACUGUUGGUGGUGCCAGGUAUAUCUCAACCGGUAGAGGUUUUGCAACUUCAAGAAUCCCAUUCUCCAUUUUGUACUCACGUUUUGCUGAUUCUUCCAUCUACAUGGGUGCUAGAUUGAUGUUGAUUUUGCUCUUUGGAACAGUUGCUCAUUGGCAAGCUCCAUUGUUGUGGUUCUGGGCAUCAUUGUCUUCUUUGAUUUUCGCUCCAUUUAUUUUCAACCCACAUCAAUUUGCUUGGGAAGACUUUUUCAUUGACUACAGAGACUUUAUUAGAUGGUUGUCAAGAGGUAACACCAAAUGGCACAGAAACUCAUGGAUCGGUUACGUUAGACUUUCGAGAUCUCGUGUUACUGGUUUCAAGCGUAAGUUGACUGGAGAUGUUUCAGAAAAGGCUGCUGGUGACGCUUCAAGAGCCCAUAGAUCCAAUAUUUUGUUUGCCGAUUUCCUUCCAACCUUGAUUUACACUGCUGGUCUUUUCGUUGCCUAUACAUUCAUCAAUGCUCAAACAGGUGUAUAUAACUAUCCUUAUGAGGUUGCUGGGUCUACUGAUGUACAAAAAGUCAAUUCUGUUUUGAGACUUGUCAUUUGUUCAUUAGCCCCAGUCGUUAUUGAUUGCGGUGUCUUGUUUGGAUGUGUUGGUAUGGCUUGUUGCGCUGGUCCAAUGUUGGGCUUGUGCUGUAAGAAGACUGGUGCUGUUAUUGCAGGUAUUGCUCACGGAAUUGCCGUCAUUGUUCAUAUUGUCUUUUUCAUUGUCAUGUGGGUCACUGAAGGUUUCAACUUUUCCAGAAUGUUAUUGGGUCUUGCCACCAUGAUAUACGUGCAAAGAUUAUUGUUCAAAUUCUUGACGCUUGCGUUCUUGACUAGGGAAUUCAAGAAUGAUAAAUCCAACACUGCAUUUUGGACUGGUAAAUGGUACAACACGGGUAUGGGAUGGAUGGCAUUCACCCAACCAAGUCGUGAGUUUGUUGCCAAGAUCGUUGAGAUGUCGGAGUUUGCGGGUGAUUUCAUUUUGGCUCACAUUAUCUUGUUCUGUCAAUUCCCAAUCUUGUUUAUUCCAUUGAUUGAUAGAUGGCACUCGAUGAUGUUGUUUUGGUUGAAGCCAUCUAGGUUGAUCAGACCACCAAUUUACUCAUUGAAGCAAGCCAGAUUGAGAAAGAGAAUGGUGAGAAAAUACGUUACCUUGUAUUGCGCUGUGCUUGUCUUGAUUGUUGUUAUCAUUGUUGCUCCAGCCGUUGCCUCACAAGCUAUCAGCAUGGAUCAAUUCGCCAACAUUGGAUCCAAGGGUUCAAUUACUGCUGGGUUGUUCCAACCAAGAAAUGUAUCAAACAAUGAUACUGGUACUAUGAGACCAAAGUCAUACACAUGGUCUUACUUGAGUCAAAGAUACACAGGUAAAACUACUGCUUACUCCACAAAUGAUUUUAGAUAA